GGGCAAAAUGAAAUAGAAAUCUCCCAUCAGACCCCUCAUCUCUUCUAUUCCUCUCCCUCCCCACAACCCUACCCUCCGACGGACCUUCCCUGACCGGCGCGGCGAUUAUUGGUGCUUCCGGGAGCCCUUGCUACUCCUUCCCCAUCGCGACGUGCUGCCCCCUGCAGCUCCACCGCUACCGGCGACCAGCUGCUGUUCCAACCUCCCGCUCUACCCUGACCAGAGCUGCUCCGGCCUCCCGCUCCACCGCGACCAGCUCCAACUGCUCCACCGACCUUCCUCUCCACCUCGACCAAGCUGCUGCUGCUCCAGAGAGAUCAAGAAAUUUACCUCAAUUUUCUGAAUUUCGCAGUUACAUUCCAAUGACGCUCCAUUCGAUUGUUAUCCAAAAGCUCCUGAGUGGAAAUGCCCAUGUGGGCCGCCGAGCGGCUUCUGAGCACUUCAAGGUUUUCACCUACGGGAUCCGGAACCAGAUGCCCAUCAUCGACUCGGACAAAACCCUGAUCUGCCUCCGCAGCGCCUGCGAUUUCAUUGGCUCUCUGGUCCGCCAGAAGGGCCGGUUCAUGUUUGUCAACACCAACCCACUCUUCGACGAAAUUGUUGAGCAGAUGACCAAGAAGAUUGGCUGCUACUCCCCCAGCAACAACGUCCUCUGGAGGACCGGUGGGUUCCUCACUAACAGCUGCAGCCCGAAGAAGUUUCGCUCCCGGAACAAGAAGCUCUGCUUCGGUCCCACCAGCCCCCCCGACUGCCUUGUGGUUCUGGACACCGAGAGGAAGUCCUCAGUGAUCCUCGAGGCUGACAAGUUGCAGAUUCCCGUGGUGGCUUUGGUUGAUUCCAGGAUGCCGUGGGAAUGUUACAAGAGGAUCACGUACCCUGUCCCGGCCAACGACUCAGUGCAGUUCGUGUACUUGUUCUGCAACAUGAUCACGAAGACCUUCCUUCUCGAGAAGGAGAAGCUCACUGCUGCGGAAGACAGGCUCGCUAUUGGGCCAGCUGAUCUGAGGAUCGGGUCGUAGUAGCAAUUUCUUCUGUUUCCCUACUGUUCCAGUGAUGAUCGGCUUUUGAGCUUUUUGGGUUGUUAGAUUUUAAGGCCUUUGUGGUGCCUGAGAACUUUUCGAGCAUAGCGUAAUUAGAGUAGCAUGAUGCUAAAAUGCUUUUACUCAUGAAUGAUAUAUCUUUCACCUGUUAUGCUGCUUUGGUCUAUGGAAAAAGACUUGAAUAAGAUCUUUGUCUGAGUCGGAUGAAAAAUUUAUGCAGUUUUAUGUGAUUUGUAAAGGCUACAUCCCUGCAAUAAGAAUUACAUUAUUAUCCUUGAUGCCUCUA